CUGCUGAAUCUAAUCAUCAGAGAUUUUGUAGUUAAAUUUGUGGCCAAGACAGAAAGUUUCAAUGAGAAGAAAUAGGCUAAAAUCACUAACUUUAGCCAAAAAAGAUUAAACCAACUCAAUGAUCAAUAUGUUCCGUAGAGUUAAAACACCUCCGAAAUUAGCAUUAUAGUAACAAUAUCUUUACCCAAAACAAGGGAUUAUAUGUAUAAGAUUUUAAUUGAGUCACAAAAAGAGGUCACCCUCAAAUUAUUUGGAUAUAUAUUUUUAUUUUAUUACUUUACUUUUUUUAAUAAACGCGCUAGCCUCCUAGCUAGGGAGGCUUUUUAAUUCUGGUAAUGAAGAAAUGAUUAUAGGAACUAAAAAUUAAGAACUCUUUUCAAUUUAGUUUAUAUCCAUAUAUAUAUAUAUAAUUAUUAAUAAUGUCUAGAUUAAAAAUUUGCCAUACCAUUAUCAGUCUGAUCAUAUCUUUUUGUCUUUAUGCUGUGAUCAAUUGUGAGGCCAAAAAACCACUAUUGCCUCCAAGUCGUGAUACGUUAAGGGGUACCAGAUUGGGCAGUAAAGCUGUUCCUGGUGAGAAAAUAUUUAAUGUCAAGAACUUUGGAGCCAUCCCAAAUGGAAGAAAAGAUAAUACACAGGCUUUCAUGAAAACAUGGGUUGCAGCAUGCCACUUCAAAGGAAGAGCCAGAGUUCUCAUCCCACCAGGGGUUUAUGCUCUAGGACCACUCAUAUUUGCAGGGCCAUGCAUUGGUCCAAGCCCUAUAAUUGUUCAAGUUUCAGGCACAUUAAAAGGUGAUACAGAUAUUUCCCUCUAUGAAGAACCUGCAUGGUUUCAAUUCGAAAACAUCGACGGAUUAAUCGUCACCGGUGGUGGCGCUUUCGAUGGCCAAGGUGAAUCUGCUUGGAAAUAUAACGACUGCAAAAACAACAAUGACUGUGUUCAACUCCCCUCUAACAUAAAGUUGAAUAAAGUGUCAAAUGCUAUCUUGAGAGGGUUUACAUCAGCAGAUAGCAAAGGGGUUCACAUAUUCAUAACAAAUUCUCAGAACAUUAGGCUAAAGAGGCUUCAUAUAGUUGCCCCAGGUGAUAGCCCAAAUACUGAUGGAGUUCAUAUUAGUACCUCAAUCAAUGUCAAAGUAAGCAAAACUAUCAUUGCUACUGGUGAUGAUUGCAUUGGUAUGAUCAAGGGCUCCACCGAUGUUGCCAUCAACAAAGUUACUUGUGGCCCUGGACAUGGCAUUAGCAUUGGUAGCCUGGGAAAAUAUGAGAAUGAGGAAGAUGUUAGAGGAAUUACAGUAAAGAACACCACAUUUUUGAAAACAGAUAAUGGAAUUAGAAUCAAGACAUGGCCAGGUUCAACUCCAAGUUUAGCAACUGGUAUGAUUUUCCAAGACCUAGUUAUGGAUAAUGUAAGAAACCCCAUCAUCAUCGACCAAGGAUAUUGUCCAAGUGGUUGCAAGAAACAGCCAUCUCGAGUAAAGAUUAGUAACAUUCAAUACAUAAACAUAAGAGGAACUUCGAGCUCAGAAGUGGGUGUGAAUUUGAUGUGUAGCCCACAAUAUCAGUGUGAGAAUAUUCACCUAUUCAACAUCAAUUUGAAACAUAUAGGAAAUGGACCCAUCACUGCCACGUGUGCCAAUGCAAGAGUCAGCACUUUUGGUGGCUUACAAAGCCCACGUGUAACUUGUCAUAAUUAGUUGCAUUGAUAUUAUUAAUUAAUUCAUUAAGCAAUUAAUUAUAUAAGAUGAAUUUAAUUCCUCCUCCUGAUGACCCCUCCUGAUGAUGAUCUACAUAUAAAUAUAUAUGUUAUUCAACUACUUACUAAUAUUUGAGAUUGAUUUGAUUGUGUAUAAUGUACAAGGGUGAAAAUGAUGAGGAUUUUUGUUCUAAAUGAAAAAUUGGAUCCAUAAUAAUUCA